AUACCAAAGAAGAAGAAGUAGCUAGCUUGGCUAACCACAUCAGCUGUGUGCCACAUUUUCGUGAAGCUUUUGAACAGCGUUGCCAUCCAGACCUUUUUUUGUUGCUGCCAAGACUGAGCCUGUUGGCUUGUACCUCCAGCUCUAGGACCAGACAUGGCACGUGGUCAUCAAAAAGUCCAGUCUCAGCAGAAGAAUGCCAAGAAACAAGCGGAGGCCAAGAAGGCCAAGGGACAUGAUCAGAAGACGGCCGCAAAGGCAGCUUUAGUGCACACCUGCGGUGUCUGCCUGUCACAGAUGCCGGACCCCAAAACCUUCAAGCAGCAUUUUGAGAGUAAACACCCCAAAUCACCAAUGCCCCCAGAGCUGGUCGAUGUUGACUCUGGCAUCUGAACUGGACUCCCACUGAAGACCCCAGCUAUGUUCCUUGUUUAAGGCAAACUGUCAAUGCUGAAAACAAACCCAUCUCUCUUAUCCACACCCUCAAACAGCAAACAAACCCCUCUCUCUCCCUUAUCCACACCCUCAAACAGAAAACAAACCCCUCUCUCUCUUAUCCACACCCUCAUACAGAAACAACCCCCCCCUCCCUUAUCCACAACCUUCAAACAGAAAACAAACCCCUCUUGUUAAAUGCCUAAUGUCUCUUUUGUUGAUCUUUCAUCCUAGUUUCCAGUUUCUCCCUGUGGAUUACCUAGAAAUAGACACAAUCUCUUUCAUUGUUUCCUUUUAGUUUAUAAUUGAAUGUUGGGUAGAAUGGAGCAGAUGUCCAUUCCCAGCUGUGAGAGGUUGAAGAUGAUCCCUGAUCUGGUGUUAGGUCUGUAGCAUUCUUCUCUUCUAGCUCUAAUCAAUGCUUUGUUUUUGGCUGAUCAAACCCAUCAUUUUUGACAGCGAUGAUCCAAGCUGAAACAUGUUGUGACUUGUUUUCUAAUUCACAUCAAACUCCUCAGCAUAAUUUGUACACUUGGAAAAUGCAUUCAUGCCCCAAUGAUGUAAUAUAACAUUCAAUAAAGUUGGCCUUGUUUAGUA